AUGCAUCAUAUACGAAUUUUUGAAAAUGUUCGUGGGUCACGGGACGCACAACACAGAAAAGAAAGUUUAUUCAUUACCGUUAUUCGACCAGUUACAGUUGAAUUGGUAGGCACUUUCAUAUUAGUGUUAUUCAGCUUGUGGGGUGGAUGCAGUACAAGAAACAGCCUUGUUCAAGGAGCAUUCUGCAGUGGUUUGACAUUGAUGGUACUCCUAGCAAGUUUUGGUCAUAUUAGUGGUUCACAUCUCAAUCCAUGUGUUACGCUAGGCGUAUUUAUUGCUGGAGAAGUUCGAUAUUAUCUCGCUUUAGCGUAUGUCGUAGUGCAAGUUAUUGCAGGUAUCGGAGCAGCUGGAUUAGUAUGUUUAUUAGUUUCAUCACAAACGUAUUCAGCAUGUAGUGGUGGUACUACUUUAUUGAACGAAGCCGAGAAUAUCGAAUGGUGGCAGGGCUUAAUCAUGGAGUUUUUCAUUACUUUUUCGUUGGUGACUGUCAUUCUACUAGUGGCACUCGAUACAAAAUCUAAAACAGGUUUAGCAUCGAUGAUAAUUGGAUUUACUUUAGCUGCUAAUAUUCUUGCUGCAGGAUCGUAUACUGGUGCGAGUAUGAAUCCAGCUCGAUCAUUAGGUCCAGCUAUCAUAGCUAAUAAGUGGACGAACCAUUGGAUCUAUUGGGUUGGCCCUUUAUUAGGUAGUGGUAUGGCUGGACUUAUGUAUCGCUUUAUAUGGGCACAUGAGGAUCGGCGAUGGCCAAAGUCCGAACCAAAAAAAGUGAAUGAAGCUUCUGUUGUACCAUUUACAGUCUAG